GUUUGGCGAUCAAGGUCGCGGUAAUGGCUUCCUAGGCAAGACUUACUUUGUUUAUGCCGCCGUGUGGACCCUAGCAGCUGUGUUUAGUGUGCUUAAUGUACAUUAUAAUACAAACCUGCACGUUUUUGAAGAAAGUUCAGAAUCUGACACCUUCGUACCGGAAGUUUCUCGCCGAUGGGGCUGAGUUGUAUGGCUGAAUGAGGCUAUCGCCUAUGAUAGCGUAAAAGGAUGAACUCAAUCGCCGGUCGGGAUCUCGCAGUGUCCGCUGGAGCUGUCAGCAGCAACCCCGGAGCAGGGUCCUCCAGAGUCCUGCAUGUGGAGCUCACAUCACAACAGAGGCGUUUGCGUCACUUGCGGAGCAUAGCGGCCCGUAACAUUGUGAACAAGAAUGGCUCUCCUCUGCUUGACACUUACUUCAGCCUUCACCUCUGCCAGGAAGAACGGAUAUCACGAGAUUUUUAUAAGAGCGAAGUCAUCCGAGACUCAUUGAACCCGACAUGGCGGAGCUUAGAUUUUGCCAUGCUGCCGGACCUCUUGGACAUGUCUGUGUCGUGUUUUGUGGUGAGAAUAUGGGGUGGGAGGGAAGAACAAUACCAACUGCUUAUUGAGUGGAAGGUCAACCUAGAUGGUCUCAGAUACACAGGACAACAGAUUCGCUCCAGAAAUCCAAAUGAGAUCAUCUUUGGACUGAAUGACGGCUACUAUGCAGCUGAGUUUGAUCAGAAGGAGAAUUCUGACAAGAAGAAGAACAGUUUGCUCCAGGUGGACCAGAGCUCUGUCAGAAACUCCUACAGUGUUUUCUCUUUACUGAGGCUUCACACAGCCCAGAGAGCCAUAAAGCAGACUCAGGUGACGGUUCAGAAGAUCGGAAAGGAAAUUGAAGAGAAACUGAGGACAACGGCGUCAUGCACAGAAAAGAAGAAAGAGAGGGAGUGUAUGCAGCUACAUAUCGGGAUUCUGAGGUGUGAGUUGGAGAGACAGAGGAAGGCGUUGACAAGAGAAAUGGACUUGAUGCAGAAAGAGAGAGCACAGCUUGUAAAGAAAGAGGAGGCGUCGUCUACCAUGCACCAGGGUCUGGAGUCUGAACGCAAGUCUUUGACGGAGUUGCAGAAGGAAUGCUCUGCCAAAAGAGAGCUGUUUCUGAAGUCUAACGCCCAGCUGACCUUCCGCUGUCGUCAGCUCAUAUCAGAGCUUUCCUACAUUUAUCCCAUUGAUGUGAACAAUCAGAACGAUUAUGUGAUUUGUGGUGUUAAACUGCCCAAUUCUGAAGACUUUCAAGCAAAGGAUGAUGGGAGUAUUGCAGUGGCUCUGGGUUACACGGCACACCUGGUGCUGAUGAUGUCGUUCUUCCUGCAGAUUCCGCUCAGGUAUCCAGUCAUCCACAAGGGUUCCCGAUCCACCAUCAAAGACACUAUCACCGACAAACUGACAGAGAAGGAGCGAGAGUUCCCCCUUUAUCCCAGAGGAGAGCGUUUCCAGUUUGAAUACGGUGUCUAUUUGCUCAACAAAAACAUCGCCCAGUUGAGGUACCAGCAUGGGCUUUCCACCCCGGACCUACGUCAGACUUUACCCAACCUCAAAAACUUCCUAGAGCAUGGACUACUUGUAAGAUGCGACAGGCACCACGUCUCCAUGUCCAUCCCCGUCCCUCUGAAGUCUCAUCUCAGCGUUUCCACCGCAUCCGAAGUGGGAUUUCCAACUCUCUCCAGUUCACCUGAACGGGACGUCCAGAAGCGGUCUGGCUCAGAUGCCGAUAAACGGAAAUGCCGAACCCCUCCGCCGAGUUACAACACUACUAUGGCGCAACCUGAUCCCAUGGCCACUCCGGAGAUGCCAUCAGCGCCGUCCAUGGAGAUUGCGAGCGUGGAAGUAGGUAAGACUGUAGAAACACAUGGGGAUGUGGAGACUGUUCCCGAGGCACAUACGGAGAAACCUCUGGAAGUACCUACAGACAUAGCCAGUACAUUACCGUCUGACUCCUCGCCUCAGCACGCAGGGGCCAUGAACGGCUCGGCCGUGCCCGGCGGGGGUAUGGGAUUGGGUGUCGCGAGCAGAGGUGAGCUGUGCUGCUCCGUAGAGCAGGCGGAGGAGAUCAUGGGCACUGAAGCCACGGGGCUGGGAUUGGGAUUGGGACUAGGAUUAGGGUUGGGAUUGGGAGGCGGCGCCAGACUGGACGAUUACCCAUGCAUCCCGGUGGAGCACGCCAUCGCAGUCGAGUGCGACGAACAGGUUUUGGGAGAGUUCGACGCCGCCGGGAUCGAGGAGGUCUCGCGGCGCAUCUAUGCACUAGAGAACAUGUCUAGCUUCCGACGGCCUCGAAAGAACUCUGAAAAAUAACUGGGAUGCAGGAAAAACGGGUCAGAGAGUGACGGGUGUCCAAGUUGGUUGGUGACACAAGGCUGAGCCUGCGUAAUAUUUCACCCUGACUGUAACAAGUAUAGACAUUGCAUAAAGAAAUAUAUUAUUAUUAAUAUUGUUAUAAUAAUCAUUAAUAUUAUUAGGAAAUAUCUGGAAUAUUGACCAAUUUGCACUUCUCAAAGCAUUUCUAUAAUCCUUUAAAGUGAAAUAAAGAGAAUGUUUGUGGUUGAAAUGCGUGUUGGACGUCUUUCUGGGUGAAUGGAUGCGCAGUCUUAAUGGGAUAGUUCACCCAAAAAUGAAAAUUGUGUCAUCAUUUAUUCACCCGAACGUCGUUACAAACCUGUGUGACUUUUAUUCCUCUGUGGAACACAAAAGAAGUCAUGUGCAGGGCUCCAAACUUAAUUAUAUUCCUUUAAUAGUUUGUUUAAUUUGUACAGAUUAAUUUAAUAAAAUAAAAAGAUAUAAAUGGCAAUAUUAAUAUUUAUUAUCAUUAUUAUAUAUUCAUUUUGAACGGGUACCAAAAAACUUAAGUUUGAAUGUGGCCUGAGGCAAUUAAUGGAGAGAUUAAAAAAAAAUAACAACUAUAAAUGGUUUUAUAUCCUUGUGCUCAAGCUAAUAUUGAUCAGCAAUUCAAAAUGCUAAUAUUAAAAUAUUUUUAAAAGGUAAAAAUCACUGAGAUAUGGAAGCUUGUUUCCGCCACUGAAUAAAAA